UAGUUUCCAUUUAAUUUCGUCUUCUCUUUAUUUUGUUUAAACCUAUGGAGCAGACAUGCUCAGAUCAGUGUUUUUAAAUUCAAAAGCCUUAUGUGAACGUUUUAAUUAACAGUACACUGGUUUCCGAUUCCGAUUUGCGACUGAUCUCCGAUCUUUAUCGUGGGUCGCGAAUACAUCUGAAGCAGAGAGGGCUGCUUGUAGUUAGCUAGUUAGCGACUGCGUAAAGAUGCAAUUGGCUUUGAGUAAAACGUUUGGCCAGAAGCCAGUGAAAUUUCAGUUAGAACAAGAUGGGGACUUUUACAUGGUUGGGUCAGAGGUUGGAAACUAUUUGCGUAUGUUCAGAGGCUCUCUGUAUAAAAGAUAUCCAUCUUUAUGGAGGAGGCUGGCCUCAGUGGAGGAGAGGAAGAAAAUUGUAGCAUCAUCACAUGCCACUAGUGUUACUCUCCUGAAGGCAUCGGAAUGUGAAGAGAUCUUCGAGGGUAAUGAUGAGAAAUACAAGGCGGUGUCCAUCAGCACAGAGCCCCCAGCUUACCUCAGGGAGCAGAAGGCAAAGAGAAGCAGUCAGUGGGUUCCCACGCUGCCCAACAGCUCUCACCAUCUGGAUGCUGUGCCUUGCUCCACCACCAUCAACCGCAACCGAAUGGGCCGCGACAAGAAAAGAACGUUCCCCCUGUGCUUUGAUGACCAUGACCCUGCAGUGAUUCAUGAGAAUGCAGCACAGGUAGAGGCAUUGGUUCCCAUUCGUCUAGACAUGGAGAUAGAUGGACAGAAACUGCGAGAUGCCUUCACUUGGAACAUGAAUGAAAAACUGAUGACCCCAGAGAUGUUUGCAGAAAUUUUAUGUGAUGACCUGGAUCUGAAUCCUCUGGCCUUUGUUCCCGCAAUUGCCUCAGCCAUUCGUCAGCAGAUUGAGUCCUACCCAACUGACAGCAUACUAGAAGAGCAGGCAGACCAGAGAGUCAUCAUUAAGCUAAACAUCCACGUGGGGAACAUUUCUCUGGUGGACCAGUUUGAGUGGGACAUGUCAGAGAGGGAGAACUCACCGGAGUCCUUUGCACUGAAGCUGUGCUCUGAGCUGGGUUUGGGGGGGGAGUUUGUCACCACUAUUGCUUACAGCAUUCGUGGUCAGCUCAGCUGGCACCAGAGGACCUAUGCCUUCAGUGAGAACCCACUCCCCACUGUAGAGAUUGCCAUCCGCAACACAGGCGAUGCAGACCAGUGGUGCCCCCUGCUGGAGACCCUCACAGAUGCUGAAAUGGAGAAGAAGAUCCGAGACCAAGACAGGAACACAAGGCGUAUGAGACGACUGGCCAACACCGCUCCUUCCUGGUAGAAAGAGACGUGAAGCUGCGUCAGAUGACGUGUCCUCUGGAGACUCCUGUUACUCUGAUAUGAUCAGCUAAACACACACACAGGUCAUCCUUAAAGCAUUGAUGAAGGAUCUGGACAUUUUCCCAUGAGCAUGGAUGCACUCACAGACGUAUGGUCAGUCUCCAUGGGCACCUCACCAACUCAACACAACACACACACAUCCAGGCAUUCCUCUGCAACACAGGUCAUCAUGUUUCACUCUGCCUUUAACACAGCAGUCAUGGCAACCCAGCAUCACUGUUAGCUAGCGUUUGUCACUGAAGGAGGUUUAGCUCAUGUCUGCUACACACACACACAGGCCAGGACACUUGGCAGUGACUUGAGAUUGAUGUAUCUAUGUGAAUGGUUAGUGAAUGGACACCAUGCGUUUGCACUGUUAAACUGAUCUGGACAGUAGUGUAACAUCAUCAGGGCAGCUCUUACACCAAUCAUUUGAAAAUCUUUACAUCAUUAUCACAUCUGCAGAAGGUUUUCUCUGUCUGCCGCGGUCGGCAUUUCUGUUGGAAUGACUAGCUGUGAUUGAGCAGGCUAGGUUAGAUAAUGUUCUGAUCAUUGUUGCAACAGUUUGAGGUUUUGACAGCAUGAUAGUUGUCUCAGAAAAUAUCAUAUAUGUCUUACACAAUUAUUAUUAUCAGUAAAGUAAUGAACAGGAUUUGUUUCGGUUCCACAAAUGCUUUAUUGCAAUUUAACAGAGUAUUAUGUCCUGACAGACAUGAAACUUGAUAUAAACUAGAAAUAGUUUUUAUAAUAACACUAAUAUGGUUAAAUCUAAAACAGUUGAUAUGCAAAUGUGCAUGAUAUGAUGAUUGUAAAUUUUAUAUAUCAGUCUUAAUCAACAUCACUAGUUGUCUUUCACAGCAGACAUUCUGAAAACAUUGGAAAGCGAUGGAGAAGCGCAGGUGAUGACAUUAUGACAUUAACAGUGCCUGACAGACAGAGCGACAAGGAAUGAAGGAAUAUUAGGAAUAUUAAUGACACUUGUGUUUUUUUUCCCUCACUAUGACAAGUCAAAGCCCCAUUUCCACUUGUCAUUUCAAGUGUCUUGUAUCUGGAUUAAAUCCAGAUGAAAUGAAAGACAUUUCAUUGAAACUCAGCCACACAUAUGUGUUUCUGUUGGUCAGAUCACAGGUCUGUGAUUUAGCUGCUGUUGUCAUGAGGACAGAAGAGACAGACCGUAGAUGUGUUAAGAGUUUCCACAGACCGACACUGACAGAGUUGCACUGUGGGAGGGGUAAAUAUAAAUUAAGUGGCUUGGUGAGAUGGAUGCAUUUACCACCAUUCCAACUUCUGAAAUGCCUCUUGGGUGCAUUUAGAGUAGCAUGAAGUGACUCAGUGUAAAUUUGGUCUAAGUGUCUGUUGUUGUUUUUUUGUUUUUUUUCUUGCUAGUAAAAAUAGUAAAAAAAAAUAAGUCAAACAAAAUUUUUGUUCCAGCUUCUCAGAUGAGAGGAUUUGCUGCUCUUCUUUGUCAUAUAACAUUGUAAGCUAAAUAUAUUUGUGUUUCAGACUUGAUGUGACAAAACAAGACAUUUGAACUCGUCAAAAUGGGCUCUGGGAAGUUGUCAUAGGCAUUUUUCCAUUUUUUUGGUUUAAUUUGAAUAUUUUAUUAACUAUACAAUUCAAACUGGCCUUGGUCAUCAGAUCUUAAUUAGUGGAUAAUACCCCAGUGAGUGACCAGAGUGAGCCCCUGUGUGUAGGGUUUGAACAUUUCGACUUAGGUGGCUGAGGCUUUAAUAAACCUUACAUAGUCACUUUUUAAAAAAUGUUUAUUUACACUACUUCAUACUGUGAUGUUAGUGGUUUUUUUACCUGACUGAAACAAGCAGUGCGCGUGUGUAAAAUCAAACUACAGCAACCCCUUGAUAAUGUUACUGCUGUCCAGACAGCCCUUCAGACGGUGGCCCAGAUCAGUCAGGAAGUUUGAUUUUUAGCCCGUACUCCGCAUUCUGAUCUCGAUUACCAGUUCUUACCAGUAACGUGCACCAGUGUUCAUGUGCAUGCUCAAACAUAAGUAGUUCAUACUGUUCUCUGUGCAUGAGGGAAUAAUUGUUCCCACUGUUAACUUCUGUUUGCACCGUGCCUCACAUUGAAUUUGUGUCAGCGGACUGGAGCCUCUAUUUUACUGAGAGUUGUUGGGUAGUCAAGAGGGGAAAAAAACAAGCUGACAAGAACCAAUGAUAUCUUUUACGUAAUGAUUUUCAACUUGAACAUACUCCAGAGAAUGAUCUUAUUGUAUGUACUGUUGCUUUUUGUUCUCUUCUUUUGUAAAAUUGCUUUACCUUUAUAGUGGACUUGUUUUUUUUGUUUUUUGUUUUUUUUUUAUAUGAAAAAUAACAAUAAAGAAAACUUGUUGGAAA